AUGGAUAGCGACCCAGGCUACGGCAGUGUGGCGGUAGGAAUAGGCCCAGGACUGGCAGGCAGUCUCGAAGGGUCAGAGACGGUGCCUCUGCUGAUUCCAGAGGCAGAUGAGAGCCAGUGGAGGCCCAUGACCAGAGAGGAGCUGGAGCAGGCCGCGGGGGGCCCGGGGUGGAAGAAGCUCCGGUCACGGCUGGUCCUGCUCUUUUGGCUCAGCUGGCUUGCUAUGUUGGGCGUAGCGGUCGCCAUCGUCGUCCAGAGCCCACGUCCCGUGGCCCCGCCUCUUCACUGGUGGCAGAGAGAGCUGUUUUACUCCUUGCAGCCGGCAGUGUUUAUGGAUGGGGACGGUGCAGAAGCAAGCAGCAUCAGCGCGGUAGCCGAGCGUCUGCCCUACCUGAAGUCGCUUGGGGUUGGGGUGAUGAUUUUGGAGGGCGUGUUCCGGUAUGAUGUCUCACCUCCAAAUCUCACAAUGAUCGACGAACACUUGGGCACUUCAUUGCAGUUCCAACAACUCAUUAUCGAAAGCCACAAAGCAGGCAUUAAGGUUGUGCUGGACCUCUGUGAAUUGGAUCUGUUCAGUGGACAGGAGCCAGCCAAUGAAACUGAUGGUUUGUCUGAUGCGUCAGGACACAUACAGUAUUCGCUGAGGUACUGGUUGGAACAGGGCGUGUCUGGAUUCGCGAUAUGCGACGCCGACCCUGCUUUCUCUGAAAAGACACUGACUGAAUGGAGACUGUUGAUUCAGGAGUUUAACACUAAAGAUGACGAGAGGAUUGUGAUGGUGAGGCAGAUGGGAAAGGCCCUCCCGGCGUUCAACGCGUCCGGCCCGGCUGUGAACGGUUCGCUUGUGGAGCUGGUCACAAAGCCACUGCUGCCUCCUUCACCGAACCCUCUGUCUGCCCAAGAGGUGGCGAACGCUAUGGAAACGAACCUGCAAAAACCGCAGGAGGAAUGGCCGAGCUGGACCGUUGGUGGGAAAGCGUCAUCAGGACUUGAGAACAUUCUCAUGGUUCUGAUGAUGACGCUACCUGGAACUCCCAUCAUAAAAUACGGAGAGGAGAUCAGCCCAAGUCAGGUAAGUACCAAAAUGACGCGUCCCUUAGGACUUUUCCAGUCGCUAAGCAGGAUGCGAGCUCGUGAGGAAGCCCUCCGUUUUGGAAGCUUCACCUUCCUCCCCUUCAACGCCACAUCGGUCGGCCACGGCACACCCAACGCCACCGCCACCGCCACCGUGGCUGCCACGCCCCCACUGGCCUUCCUGCGCUCCUGGGGAUGUGUUCAUUUCCUAGUGCUUUUUAACCUGGGCUCUGUAUCCCACACGCUGGAUCCCGAUUGGGCGCCCAGUUUGCCUGAGGGAGGGGUUUACGUGACCAGUACCGGAUUGGACCGGCUCGGUUCCGUGUCCCUGCAGUCCAUGCAGCUGCGGCCAAAGGAAGCCGUCGUCAUUAAACUAUUUGAGACAGGAAACGUCUCCUAA